AUGUUACCAGGUGGUGUUAUUCUAGUUUUCAUCUUAGUCGGUUUGGCUAUUAUCGCCAUUUUAAGUACUAUCAUCUACAGAAAGUGGCAAGCUAGACAAAAGGGUUUGCAAAGAUUCUAA